GCUGCAUGCGUCAAUGGGCCCGAAGAAGAGCAUACUUAAGAAGCUGGAAGAGAAUGCUCAAAUUUGCUCUCGAAUGCACGAUGACUCGAAUGUUCAACCGAAGUUGAGGGAACGGAAAUAGAGAAAGAAGCCCCCAUUCAAGAUGCUAACAAGCAAGUUAGACGAAAGCCCAAUAAUAUGGUUUCCUGUGGCUUGUUUUCUGGUCCUAUUCCUUGUCCGCAAGGUUCUCUGGCCGACGGUCCUAGACUUGCAAGAGCCCCCUACUCUGCGGCCAAAGAUACCUCUCAUAGGUCAUUUGAUUGAUCUAAUUCAGAUGGGAUACAAACAGCAUGUCAAGAACCAUGAGAAGUUCAAUAUGACGGCAUACUCGCUGCCCAUCCUUGGAAGCAAGCUUUACAUAGCAUCUUCACCGCAAUUGGCAUCAUCAAUCUUCCAGAAACGGACGCUUAGCUUCGAGCCCCUAAUUGACACCUUUGUGCGAACUUUGGUAGGCAUGGAAGGCCAUGGGUUGGAGUUGUGGACGAACCCGGAGUUUCGUACCGCCAUCUUUAAAGUUCUCUACAAAGGACUUACAGGGCCUUCCUUGAAUGAUUUAACGAUAUCGGGGGUCAGUAAUGUAGCUAGUUCUCUCAACAGAAUGCCGCUCGACCAGCUCGAAUUGAAAGACUUUCAUUGUUGGACAUGAGACAGAGUAUCAAGGGCCAUAAUGGGGGGCUUCUAUGGGAAGUUGAGUCCUUGGGAAGACAGUGCUGUGAUGCGGAGCUUUUGG